AUGGCCACCCAGCCCUCAGAGCCAAAAGAACGCAAAACCUCUCUGACGGACUUACCCUUCGACGUCCUCGCCCUCGUAUUCCCCUACCUAGACGCAAGAAGCUUCCUCGCACUGUGCGCAACAUGUAGAGGCUUCCAGCAGAAUAUCCGCCUGGACGCUGCAUACUGGAGACACACGACGAGAACGAACUUCCGCGUACCGAAUCGACCGGCGGUCGAGAGCGACGGAGAGCGAUGGCAGCGGCUUUACAAGCGCAUUCUCACGCAGAGCCGUGUGUUCACCUGGGGCAGCAACGGCCACCUAUGCUUAGGCCAUGACGACGACGAUCGUGGGACCGCAGCAGGUGCAAAUCCUGUCGGUCGUCGGCCAGCUGCACGCCGUAGGCUGGGGUUCUCAGUGUCAACGUGGCCGGUAGAAGUUACGAGCUGUAGGGACAUGGGGGUCAUUGCUGAUCUGCAAUGUGGUGGAUGGUCGACCACUAUACUCAAUUCGAAAGGCACCCUGUUCACGUUUGGAACCAUCGACGGCAUGAGCCCAACUCGCCAGAACCCUGUGCUGCCUCCCACCGUCCUGGAAUUUCCCCCAGGAUACCCGAAGGCAGGGGAGCGCGAUGAGCCGGCGACUGCUAUACGCCAGUUCUCUUCAGGCCGCUCACAUAUCCUUGGGCUUUCAGACAGCGGCCGGAUAUGGUCGUGGUACGACAAGACUCAACCUGCGCUUCAAGUCAAGACUCUACACGUCGACUUCACCGAAAACUCGACGUCUGGGUCAUCACGCUCGAACGUCCGCAAGGUUGUUGCCGGAUGGAACACGAGCUCAGCCUACGUCAACGGGACUGGAGUAGUAGUCUGGGACCCCGUUCGACGAGGCCGAGACCAACAAGCGCAGGAACUUGACACCAUGCUCGUGAUCGAGACGGCCGUCGUGCCAAACACCUUCUAUCAACGGCCCAAAGGGCUCUCACGAGAGCCCGAUCACCAAACAAGAUUGAUCGGAGAAGCAGUCGGGGAAGUCACCAACUACAUUAUCCUCGAGAGCUUCGUAGUCUUUGUGACAGACAUCGGGAAGGUCUUCGCAGCCAAGAUGCACUUCCACAAUGGCAGCGGCCUCAUCCGGCUCCCCGUCGAGCUCCGCGACCUCCACGUAACCUCCCCCACUGACCCAACCCCCUCCGCAACCGACAUCCAAGGCGCCUUCCGCUCCUUCGCCGUCUUUAAGCGCGACGGCUCCGUCCUCCUCGCCGACCACGACUGUCUUGAUGACCUUUACCCAGCCCCUGGCGCCCUCUCUCCCCCGACCCUUGCCGAACGCAUCAAGCGCCACCCCGCGCUCCAAAACACGGGCGUCACCACCCUCGCCUUCGGCGACCACCACUUCCACGCCCUUCACGCCGACGGUCACAUCACCUCGUACGGCACAGAGCCGCAGUCCUCCGGCGCGCUGGGGCUGGGCGGCGACGGCGACCCUGAGGGCCGCCUGCGCGGGAUCAGAUAUGUGGGCCGUAUGCGCGAUGGGCAGCUCCUACCCCAGGCGUAUGAGACGGGCCGCAGGGUGUGGUUUGAGCCGGAGAAGAGGCAGUGGAUUCGCUUCAUGGCGUCCGGUGGGCGUGAUCCGGAUGAGGCGAAGGAAAGGCUGAGGUUGACGGUUAAUGAUCCGGUUGUGCAGGGGGAGGUUAGUGAGUGGUUUGAGCAGGAGGGGAGGGACUGGGAUAGGCGGCCUGGGAUUCUUGAGGGCGGGGAGGGGGAGGAGGAUGACGGGCUAGGGGCUUACUUUGUGCUGAAUGUCGCCGCCGCGGGCUGGCACAGCGGCGCGCUGGUUCUCGUCAACGAGGGACUCGCAGGCAGAGUCCGCAAGUCAUGCAUCGUGCCGGAUCCGACCACCGCCGUGGACGAAGAAGCAGAAUCUUCAUCUUCAUCCUCACAGCCCCAGGGCCCCAUCGCCAGUGCGUUAUCCUGGCUCACCAACUCCGCCCGCUGGUUCCUAGGCUUACCAACUCGUACAGAUGAAGCUACAAAUCCUCCACCGGAGCAGCAGCCGCUGCCGUUUACGGACCCCCAGAUGCAUGGCGCGAGUCCCGGGAGGGGGUUGCGGUAUGUGUGGGCGGAUGACGCGUUUCCGAGACUCAGGCUCAAGGAUGGGAGGGAGAUGCCGGGGGAGGUUGGAUUCAGUGAGUGGAGGCUUGGGAGGCCGGGGUAG